CUGAGUUCCUUCUCUGCAUUGUCUUGUAUUACAAAGAAGAUGCUUCGCUUGGCAUUGUUAUCUUGUGAGAAUUACGGCGUUCAAAAGUUUGUGAGAGGAAAGAUGUCGCGUGUAACGAUUCUAUCCUUCGUUCUUAUUAUGGCUAUUCAUGCCGUAUUUGCUAGAUUACCAAACUGUAAAGAGGGACAGUACGAAUACGAGUUUACAGAAUGUGAUUCGGCCGGCGGAAGGUGGCGUGUGGCCGUGCCACGAAGAAACGAGGAGUGUUUAGCCACUGGCCUUCCUCCCAUACGACAAAAGAAAUGUGAAUCGUCGUGUGAACCAGGACAGUUCCUUGAUGUUUCAAGUGCUGAACAGUCUUGUCAGCCUUGUCCUGUCGGUCAUUACAGCUUGGGAGGUGACGUCGUGUAUACAAACUGGACCAUACUGCCAAGUGGCUUUGAAACGCAGUCGUUUGAUGACAGUGACGAAUACAGAUCGUCGAAAACAAAGAAAGAUAACUGCACGAACUCUUUGUGGAAGGCAGCUGGUGACUAUUUAGUCUCAAGUGCCGAUGCCUGUACAUCACAGCUUACUUUAGCCAUAACGUUAAAGAAGGACGGCUACGUCACUUUCUCGUACCGAAAGCCAAGCAGUGACGUCUUUUUCAACGUUUUUGUCCGUAAUGAACAGUGCAUGAUGAGCUCAAGCGAAGAUUCCUAUAAAUAUCUCCCACGUACGAGAAAUUUCAAAUGGGAUAACGAAACCGUGCAUUUGAAACGAGGCCACAAUUUGAUCGUUUGGCAAGCAUCGCUGUUUCCAUCGACCGAUCAACAAAACGUUGAACAGAGGGGGGAACCAGUUUUUAUCAAAUCCAUUCGCGUGAAAGGUGUUGCCUAUACUUCUGAGUGUUUCCCCUGCCCCGUUGGAACUUUUGCUGAUCAAGAGGGAACAAAAAGAUGCAAGCCUUGUCCGGCUGGUCAGUUUUAUCCUGUCGAAGGAGGAACGGAGUGCAAAAAAUGUGACAUAACAACACAAUACUCGAGAACUGGUUCGGCCGAAUGUGAAAAAAUGAAACCGUGCACAGUCAACGACUACAUUGAAACUCACAGUGUUUGUGAUGAGAAUAACAAGUUUAGAAAGACGUUUCUAUGGAUCGAGCCAAAAAUUUGUUUGAGCAACGUCAAGGGAUCGACUGCCUUACCAACAUCGGGAGUGGAAGCUGAUUGUCCACCGUGUAAUCCGGGAAUGUUCAAGAACGGCACGACAUGUGAUUUCUGUCCUCCAAUGACAUUUUCUGACGGAAAGGGAGAAAAUUGUACGAAGUGCCCUCCCUCGACAGAGCCUGAAUAUGGUUUCGAUUUUCAUUGGUGGAGAAGCUGGCCGGAAAACAUGGAACAAUUAUGCAAGUCAGGACAUGACAGAGGCUGUGCUUCAGGGUUCGAGCUUCGCGGUAACAUGAUCGAUAGCGGAUACGGGCACGCGGAUGAUGUUCAGAUGCUAUUGUUCCUGGGAACGGAUGGUUUCAAAACAAGCUCUCUUUCUCCUGGGUUGGGCGUAAUCAGUUUUGAAUUCAAAUUGAUUUGCAAGGGACCUUGCUCGCUGACUUUUCAUCAGUUACAAGCAAGCAAGAAAAAAGAUGAACACGGGAAAGACGAGAAAAUCCACGAAUGGAACGGAAAGCAGGAAACGCAGACAUACACUUUUCAAGCCACAAUAAAGCACACCGAAGGAUAUUAUUGGAUUUUCACGAAAGGCACUGAUUAUGGCCGAGAUUACGAUGCUAGCGAAGACAACAAGGGCCAUUUUAACUAUCCAGACGACAGGGUUGAAAUUUACUCGAUUAAAGUCACGAAAACGGUCGAUGGGGGCGCUGCCAGUUGCAAGCCGUGCCCUCUAGGAAUGGGCGAUGAAGGCUGCAUUCCGUGUCCUAAAGGAAAUCGAAUUGUUCAAAAGAACGGAAAAUCAACUUGUGAACCCUGCCCUAAAGAUACUUACCUGAACGUCAGCAAUCUAUAUGGUGAGGAUGCUUGUAUUCCUUGCGGUGACAUGCUCACGAGUGCGUCGGGCUCCACGGAAUGUGUGUCUAAUUGUAAGUUGACAAGCAAAGAAGGAAAAAUUUUCGAUUUGAAUCCUUUAGCUGGAUUUUACAGCGUAAAGACUAGUGCUCUGUUCACUCCCAAAGGAACGAAGUACUAUUACCAUUUCAACUUAAGCUUUUGUCAGAAUGAAGAAAGUCACAGGAAAGCUUCCUGCUUCAGAAAUAUCUCCAUGAAAGGCAUUGAAAAGAAUCAAGAGGUUUUCAAUCACACCAUUUGCCGAAUGACAAUGAUUCCAAAACGAGGCGCAAAGCCAUUAGCCGCUCAACCAAUGAGUGUGGGGGAACAGCUUAUGAAGAUUACAACAGAGAAAGUGAGAAAAACCGACGAGAUAUACGCUGAUAAAGGUCUUAUCAACGCGACCGUAUUGACAAUGCAUUACGCAGGGCAUGGGAAAAGUAAAUAUUGCCCUAAAGGAAGAUCUACCGUCAUACAUCAUGUUUGUGAUCCACAUCGCAAUCCAAGUGAUGUUAAAGUUAUGUUGCCUGCAAAAUGCCCGCAAGGAACAUGUGACGGUUGCAGUUUUCAUGUCAUCAUGCGCUCAGCCUUUGCCUGUCCAUUUUGUACCAAGGAUGAUUAUUAUGGUGUUAUGACUGGUUGUGUGAAUGGAAAGAAAAACACAACAUUUGUUUGGAAAUCACCGAAAGGUUGUGUUGGUGGAGUAUUUUUACCGAAACGCAAUACAACGACGUGCAGUAUUCUUGAGAGAUCCGUUAAAGAUUUUGCGAUUGGUCUGGCAUGCUUUGCUGGUUUUGUAAUUCUUAUGAUUCUUGCUAUUUUGAUUCUGUGGUGUAAAAAUAGAAGACUUGAGUACAAGUAUCAUAAGUUAAUACAGAAUGCGUCUGAUGCUUCUGGAGAAUUACCUGGAGCACCGCAAUGUGUAGGAGAUGAGGAGGACGACGAGGAAGACGUUCAUUUCAAAGGUGUACGAAGAAAAGGCAAAGGUUUCUUUAGCAAUAUAAAAAACAAGUUUGGUGGUGAUUCAAAAUACUCGGAUCAGUACAACUUCGACAACUUUAGUGACGACGACGUUGGAUCCGUUGAGCCCACAUCGAAGACACCUUUAAGUUAAAAAUGAGUCCCAGAUCAAUUAAAAUAAAUUAUGGACGUUAAAUGGGGAUGAUGCACUGGAGUCACUUGUAAUGAAAGAUGUAUUUCAACAAGAGGAGCUGAUCUUGAAACUUUAUGUAUGAACUUCUAAAAUCAUUAGGCUGCGUAAGAGAAAGCUUUUAUAGUUUUUACAUCACAUUGGCGUAAAAUAAAAAUACAUUUAAUCUUAAA